AUGUACAAAUUGAACAAGAGUUAAACAGUUCCACUAAGAACAAAAGAAAAAAGCAAUAUACUUGCUCUAUGUGUUAAUUGUGAAGAAUUUAUUCCUUUAGAUAGAAUAGAUCUUCAUGCUUAAAUUUGUACUUAAGUAUCCAAUAAAGUACUCAAAUUUGCAUUUUCUUCCUUUUGUUUUGAAGAAAAUGAUUUCAAAUUAAAAAAAUUGAAAACGAAUUUAUAAAAUAAGAAUUACUAACAUACUUAAAGAUUAUGUCGAAUUUGUGAAUUGGUGACUCAAAUCAAUACUAUAGGAUAUGUAGAAGAAGCAUCAUUAAUAGAAUUUGAGAAUGAGCUUCUUAUAAUGAGUAAAGAACCAAUUGAAUCUAUAAAUUUAUAACUAUAUUUAGAAAGAAUACGCUCACUCGUUAUUGAAAGAAUUAUAAUCAUACAGAAUUAAUUAAAUUCUAAAGUUAUGAGACCUUCUCAAUCUUAAUAAAACUUUUAUGCAUAAACAAGUACUCUUUAAAAUUCUAAACAAUCUAAAGUAUCAGCAAGUUCAAGUCAAACAAUUAAUAAUUUUAAUUUUUAAAAUUUACUCACAAACAAAUUUGAAAACUCAGAAAUUAUUACUUCAGGACAUAGAAUUACAUAAAGUCUUAAUGGAGAAAAUAGAAUGACAAUCAAAUCUAGAUUUUCACAAGGAAGUCUUAAUUAAUAAUAAGGAACUACAUCAUAAUAAAGAAAAACAGAAGUAUUAUUAACCAAUAUUAGUGAAUAAUCAAUAGAAACAAUUUAAGAUUACAAUAAUCCUAAAACUUUUGCUUAAAGGUGUUUUUAUUCUAAAGUCUUAAAUUUGAAAUUAGCAUAUCCUUAAUCCAGUCCAGCCUAAAAAAUUCCUGUAUAUUUAUUAUGGAAAUAAGCAGAAUUAAAAUAAAUCAGAACUCAAAAUUGGGAUCUAUUUAUUAAACAAUGUCUAGAUAAUCCUUUUGAAUAUGUUGAUCCUAAGAAAUUUAAUAAAACUUUCAAUAAAAAUUAGUACAAAAAUUGA